GGCUGAUGCAAAAACCGCCAAAAUCUACAACCUGACUAUGAAAGUAUUUCUGUGCUUUCUUCCUUUUUAAAAACAAUAUAAUAUUCUAUUAGAAGUGAAAAUUUUGUAUAUUAAAAUGGAUUUGGAUACAACAUUCAAUUGUUGUGGAAAAGUAAAUUUGAAUGAUUGGCAAUUAAAUAAAACAAGUCUAUUGUUAAGCGGAGAAUUGGAUAAGGUGUUCUUUCCAUCAGAAGAAUAUCCUUUCUAUUCUGUUGAUAUAGAACUUUUCAACAAUAUUGUACCUGCAAAUACUGUCAUAUUAAAUAUUAACCACUUUGUGAAAUGCAUGGAAAUGCAAUUAAAGAUAUUCAAAAGAUACGAAAAUUAUGGUCAUACUUUGGAUGUAACUAAUUGUAUAGAUUUUUUUUCUAUGAGAAAAGCAGUAUGUCGAUUUAUUUCAUAUGUGCGUACAUACAUGAAUAGUAUAAAAUGGGAUUAUUAUAAACUGAGAAUUAUAAAUCCUACUAUUGAAGAAGGUUUAGAUAUAUUAUUUUCAACUAUAAAAAGAUUUCUUGGCAGACUAAGAAAUAUUCCAGAAUCUAUAUUUCAUUAUGCUGCAUCCAACUUAGGCAAUAAGUGCGUACAACCAGAAUUUCAUUUGUACCAUCUUCAUUUAGAUUUAAGAUGGUUGUAUAUAACAUUAAUAUAUAUGCGUAAUGUACAUUGGCAAUAUUCUGAAGAAGCUGGCAUAGAUGAUAUUGAAAAUGUUUAUAGAUUAAUUAUCAGUGAUCUUAUUUAUAUUUCAUGUAAAAUAUUCGAAAGGAUUCCUUUAACAGAUUUACGUCAAAAAACACCAUACAGUUGUACUUGUAUGCGAGAACUAUGGCUUAUGCUUCAAAUUUUUAUUGAUGAAUUAGCAAAUAGAAUGCAAAUCACAUCAUUUUGGGAUCAUAUAAACUUUUGUAUAAAUACUAUGCUAGAUGAAAGCAAACAUCAGAACAGUUUGAUUUAUUGGAAUAAAGACACAGAAUGUUCUUUGCUUACUUACAAGAAUCCUGAAUUAUUUUGUAUUUGGAUGAUAUAUCAUUUUACUCUUCUAUAUGGCUAUAAUAAUGAUGGUAUAUAUUUGCAUACUAAUUGUUCCCGGAUUCGUUUUAACUAUGAACAAGUUGAAAAAAUUUUGAAAGCUUAUGUUUCUAAAGGUGGAAAAGAUGGCGAAAGAGAUGAAAUAGAUGAAGAAUUGCAAGUAAUGAUACCAUUAUUACGUAUCUUAAUUACAGAUUGGUGGCCAUCACGAAUCCCAAUUGUUUCUCUUUUAUGGGAUUGUUUCCAUAAAAGAUUAGAUCAACCUUUUUUAUUACAAACAUCUGGUCCAUGGACUUUAUCUCUUGAAAAAAAAACUCCCAUGGAUAUAUUUAAACAUAUUAAGGACAGAAUUGAUGGUAAUUUUGAACAAGUGAAAGAGUCUAGUUAUGGAAUGUUUCUAAGAUUAUUAGGGUCCUUUUUAAAAAAAAAUUAUGAUAGUAACGAUACAAAGUAUUGGAAUCAAAUCAAAGGUCGUGUAUAUUCUAAAUUUUCUAAGAGUAAAGUCCAAGAAUUUUCUGAAACAGGUCUAUACAAUUUUCUUUCACUGUUUCUUACUUUAGCUGUAACUGCAGAUACUCUAAAUGUAUCUACAGUAAUGCUUGAUCUUUUACCAUCUGUACACAAUAUCAAUAAUGAAAAUGCCAGGAAAUGUAAUUUAAUUUGGAAAGGAAGAUUAGUUAUCUUAUUGUUAUUCAAUGAACUUGGACUGAAUUUCACCCAUGUAAUAAAUAACAUUACAGAAACGGUAAAUAUCAUAAGUUGUCAUAAAGAUGAAACGUCUCGUUCCAUGAUGAUAAAUUUUGUUGAUAUAUUAGACAUUAUCUUUUCAUCUGACACAACAUUGGAAUUAGGUGAACAUUUAUUCAUCGGUGGUUGGAUCGAUCGUUAUUUAUUAGAAUGUUCAAAAAAUAGAGUACAUUCUGUAAUCAAAAUUCUAAUCUGCAUUUUCAAAAAAUGCAAUUAUUUGAAAAUGUUCAAUAAUAAUCUAGAAUAUGUUUCUAAAAUGCUAGAUGCUUUGUGGUCUAACGUUGCUUGUAGAGUACGACAACUUGCUUUUGAUCCGUUACUUAUUGGAGAUCAUUAUCGUGAUCUUGCAAAACUUGCAGUUGCUUUUACGUUAAAUGCUCUUAAAGAGCCAGGAUUAGCAAAAAAGUACAAACAUUCUGCAGCAUCCUUGUUUCAUCAUUUUGCAACAUCUUUAAUUGUAAAAGAUAUAAGAAUCACACGAUAUUAUUUAAUGUUAAUACUUCAAAAAGAAGAAGACAUACACCUUUUAAAGAAAGAGAUUAAAAAUCUUGAUCUUAUACUUAUACAAGCAUGGAUAAAAUGUUCUAUUUUGGGAUAUGAUGAAAAUUGGACAGAAAUACAAAUUUUACAAAAUUAUAUAGCUCAAUUGAAUGAAAUUAGAGAAAUUUUUGUUACAAAUCAGGAUUUUAAUGAAUUCAAGAAUAAUAAAGAAGCUAUAUUAAUAUUUAUAAUGUCUUCAAUGAAAAAACGAAAAUCACUACAGAAUGAGCAACAAAAAGUUCAAUUUGAUAUAAGAUAUAGAUCGUACUUCAAUAAUAUAGAUAAAUGGAUACUCUCAUCUAUAACAGAAGAAUCUCAAGAAACGGAGCUUGCUUUUUGGAUUUAUAGAUGUGUAGGAACAUUAAUUCUGUGUUCUUCACCUAUGUUUUAUGUGAAGAAUCAAGCAAACAGCAUGUUGAAGGUUUUAUUACAUAAAAUUGCCCUUCCAACAGAACAAUCUCCUCAAUGUUAUAUCAAGAACUUGUGUAAAAGAAUAUUUUCUAUGAUAAUCCUUGGAUUAGAAUCUUUGAAUAUUAAAAGUGAUAUUUCAUUACAAGUAUUAACUAGAAACUUAUUUGAUCAAUAUAUUUCGAUUUUAAUAACAGAAGAUAGUAGUGGAAAUUUUAAAGUAUCUGAUACAUUACUGAAGUGUUUCCACGAUGCGAAAGCAGAUUUUUCACAUCUUCUUUUUGAAAUGCUUAUGACAUUGUUUUUUACAAUAUCGUCUGAAAAUAAUAUGCAUAAGCAUAAUCAUUUGGUAUCAUUACUCUUGAAAACUUUAUUAAAAGGAGGUAAAAUGUAUGCAAUUAACAUAAUAGAACUAAUUGUAACAAUUUGCGUACCUCAUAUCAUUACUUCUUAUUUAAAAGUCCAUGAUCAUCAUCCACAUAAACAUCAUGCUAUUGAUUUCAUGAAUAGCAUUUUCACGAAUCAUUAUUAUAAGGAGAAUGUUUUUAUAAGAGAAAAAUUGAUGAACAUCUUAUCUGAUAUUAUACAGAGGUAUCUUACAACAUAUCCUCAGUCUUUGUUUGAAUUUAUGCGUUCAAUUGCAUCUUUAAAGAUUGGUGUUAUAAAGGUUUUACUUCCACAAAUCGAAUCUAUUAUAAUUGAUCUUGAAAAAUAUAAACGUCCUAAUGCUGCAUCUUUAAGGUAAAAAUUGAAAUCAUUUUUUUUUUUCUAAACUAUAUUGUGAUAUGGCUUUUAUAUUUCAAUAUAUCCCUAUUAAAUGUAUUUUUUUCAGAUAUACAUGGAACCAAUUUCAAAAUUUCAUACGGAACAUGGAAAAUAAGCAGUAAUAAGAUUGAAAAUUUAUUAAUAAAUAGUAAGUAGUACAAUUAGAACUAUUUAAAUUUUGUACCAAUUUUAAAGAUAGAUUAUUCUAAUAUCUUUUUUUUUGUUUUUUUUUUUUGAAACGAUAAAUCUAAUAACUUACAUUUGCAAAUAUAGCAAUUAUUACAUUAUGUUAAAAUAAUGAAAAUAAUUAACUUAAAACAAGCUGAACAUAAUUGUUUACACAUAUUAGCGAUAGGAAAUCAACCUAAAAAAGGGACUAAUAUCGUAUGUAAGAUUCCAUAAUAAUAAGUGAACUAUAGUACCGACACAAUAUUUCUUACAUAAUAUACAGUAAUUUCAUUUAAUAUGUAAAUUAGUUAUAAGGAAUAACUAAAUUAUUAACUGAAGUACAUAUA